AUGCCAAAGAAGCUCAUGUACCGCUCUACCUUCAUCUCGGUCCAGGAUGUGGAGGAUGGCUCCCGUCGCACCCGGAGUGUGCCUCCUCGCCUGGAGAUUGCCCCCGAGGAUGCCGAGUCAAGGUAUGUGAGCAAGCUUCUGCAGAGGCGUGCAGCCUCAUUCCCUUUGGGGCCUGAGGAUGAAAAGGUGGAGGAUGCAGAGGCACAGGCCCCAGCGGCCUCAAGUGUGAACGAUGGCAGCUUGGCCCACCCGGAGGUGUGCGGCCGCCCCUGCGUGCGAUUCAUGCAUGGCACCUGCCAGCAGGGAGCUGCUUGCCAAUUCUGCCAUUUGGAACACACAAGGCCUAAGGGAAAGCUGGACAAGAGGCAGCGGCAUUGCUUCGACAGCCUGAGUGAUCAGCAGGUGCUUUCGCUGCUGACUCCCUACAUCGUGUCGCGAUCUGAAGACCAGGGCAUUGCCGAUCGGAUGGCAGCGGUGAUUUCGUUGCUCCGCCAGAAGUUGGCACAGGAGCCAGUGGCGAGUGUUCCACGCAGCAAGAGCAACUUCCUCCGCGUCAUCUUGAAGAGGCUCACUGUGGCCCGUCUGAUCGAGCUCGUGGUGCAGAGUCAGGCAGAUGCAGCCUUCCUUGCAAACCUGGAUCGGGAGCUGGUGAUGGUGCGUUCCGGGAUGCUGGCUGCAACGGGAACUGCAACUGCGAAUUGA